CGUUCGAGUCUCGGGUGCGGCAUGGUGGCAUGCGCUGCUAACUGGGCAAACGGAAGGGGAGCAUAGUAAUUGCCAGCAGCUAUACACCUACCAUCAACGGCAUCGCCCGAUCCCGAAAUAACGGUGUUUAACCCACGUGGGUAUUUGUUGAAGCGUUGAGCCAUGACAGUGUAAAUUGAAGUGCUUACGGACCCGUUGACGUUAACCCGAACUGUGCAGUGGACGAUUGUGUGGAAGAGGCGCCGCCCCCGCAGAGCCUGGAAAGCGCGGCAUCUAGACUGAACAGGGAAAAUGCGCGAGUACAAGAUCGUGGUCUUAGGUUCGGGCGGUGUAGGGAAGUCCGCACUCACCGUGCAGUUCGUUCAGGGGAUCUUCGUCGAGAAAUACGACCCCACGAUCGAGGAUAGCUAUAGGAAGCAAGUGGAAGUGGACGGGCAACAGUGUAUGCUCGAGAUCUUAGACACCGCAGGCACAGAACAAUUCACGGCGAUGAGGGACUUAUAUAUGAAGAACGGACAAGGAUUCGUUUUGGUUUAUUCAAUUACGGCACAAUCAACGUUUAAUGAUCUGCAAGACCUCCGGGAACAAAUUCUCAGAGUCAAGGAUACUGAUGAUGUCCCCAUGGUGUUAGUGGGAAACAAGUGUGAUCUGGAAGAGGAGAGGGUGGUAGGCAAGGAACAAGGAAAUAACCUAUCGCGCCAGUUCAACUGUGCCUUCAUGGAAACCUCUGCCAAAGCUAAAAUAAAUGUUAAUGAUAUAUUUUAUGAUUUAGUUCGACAAAUCAACAAAAAAUCACCUGAGAAGAAACAAAAGCAGAAAAAGAAACCAAUUUGUGUGCUUCUAUAAAAAUAUGAUUUGGAACCAAAAAGUACAUUUAAAGAUUUCAAAGACAAUUGUAAGACAAAGUGUGUAAGCGUGAAGGCAAGUGCGGACGUGGAGAGCCUCUUCCAGUGGAGGGUAGUUAGCCCUGUAUAUUCUUUUUAUUAAAUAUUUAAGUAUUUGUAUUUGUAAUUAAUUAUAAAAUAUAUGUCAGUUAAAUUUUUCCAAAAAUCAAGGUUGUUAUUGACUCUAGAUGCAAUUCUAUUUAGUGAUAGAGUAUUUUGAAAUCUACUGCCAAUUAUGUGGUGUCAAAUAGGGAUAGCGAUAUGUGAAUCAGUGGUAUGUGCUACUUCUGAGCCAAGACUAUCGACGGGACAAUACUUCUUGACCACAGCAUUUUUAGGGUGUUUUAUAUUCCUAUCUAGAAUAAGCCUAGUAUGGUGGGUCCUCGAAACAUCGCGGAUUCCUUGUGGUAGUUCCGGAGUAAGCACUGGAGCUGUUGCAUGAGGGUGUUCAUGCGACCGCUACAUCCUAGCCGCAUAUACAUACGUUAUGACCACUUCGUUAAAUACGUUUUAAUUGUGUUAGAUGUCCUUGUAAAUGGAUGAUGUAGGUUAGCGCAACAGUAUAUCAUUAAUUAGUACUGUGGUGCUUACUCCGUUAGCAAUGUGGUAGACUUAGGCUCUGCGGGGUGGUUUUUCCAUCUCACAAGUGCCAAGAAACAUUUCUCCAGAGUCACAACUUCUUCUAACAUAUUUGUAUUUUUAUUAUAUAUUUGUAACUGAUUUCAUUAGUGUUGAAAUUGGAAAUUGUGAUAACUUUUCUGGUUAGCUUUUGUGUAUGUGGAGGUUAAAUGCUCUUAUUUCGCACCUGCCUUUUGCACAACCAGCGGUAAAAACACAAUGCAAUGCAAAUACCGCUUGCCAAUACUUUGAAAGAUUAUGUUAAAAUAUAGUUAAUAUAUACAUAUUAUAUAUUUUGUAAUUCACCGGAUACUUUUCUAGAUUCCAAUCACAAGAUAUAUGUGUCAGUUGAAAAAUUUCUUCCCAUUAAGCAAUUAAAAAGAAAUUGUAUAAAUCAA